AAGAAACAACGAUUAUGACACUCAACUCAAGAUUAGUUCUCUACACAUCACUCAUCUGCCCAUACGCUCAAAGAGUCCACGCAGCGCUCGAACAAGCAGGUGCAAAAUAUGAUAAAGUUGAGAUUGACCUCAAGAACAAGCCAGAAUGGUACCAUCAGAUCAACCCAGCGUUGAAAGUACCAGCGCUAGUAGUAGACAAAGAUGCACACAGCAAGGACUUAGAGAAGGUACCCGAAAGUGGUGUAUCAGUCAACGAAAGUUUAGUUUUAUUGGAACUCGUGGCUGAUCUCUUCCCAGAUGCACACUUACUCCCACACGGAUUAGUUAACGCUGUCAACAGAGCGAAAGUACGCUUGUUUAUUGAAGCAGGAAACGCCUUCAGCAGCGCCUACUUCGGCUGGUUGAUUAGAGGAGAGCCAGCGACGAACAUUUUGACAGCUAUUGAGGGUGUACAAGCACACCUUCCAGAGACUGGUUUCUUAUUAGGUACUGAUAGACCAUCAAUUGGUGACUUAGCAUUCGCACCUUUCUUUAUCAGAUUCAAAUCGUUUGCUGAGAAUUCCAACCACAGCGAAGUUGAUAUCGCAGGUGGAAAGCAACUUUUGGAGACACUAAAGACAGAGAAGUAUAGCAAGUUCUACAAAUACAUUAAUAGCCUUUUGGAUUUGCCUUCUAUCCAGACAACUUCACCAGAUGCAAAGCUUAUCGUUGAUAGGUUCACUGAGAAGAUCGCACAAUUGAAGGCAGCUAAAUAAAUUACUAUACAUUUGUAUAACUAUUAAUAGUAUUCUAUUUUCAUUCGUU